AACAGUCAGUUGGGUGGGGGCAGGGAGAAAGGAGGUGUUUCCUGGGGCAGGGGGCGGAGACCUGACAGCUAUAAGCUCCCCGAGGAUUCAAGUUCAUUGAGCUUCUGCAGACACUGGGCGGCCUUCAGUACUCCUGCUGUGACCAUCACCUGUGGACCCUACCUGCCUGCACCUGCAGCCCGCACUUGUAUCAGGCCCCAGCAAUGGCGGACCAGGCGCCCUUCGACACGGAUAUCAACACCCUGACCCGCUUCGUCAUGGAGGAGGGCAGGAAGGCUCGGGGCACCGGCGAGUUGACCCAGCUGCUGAACUCCCUCUGCACCGCAGUCAAAGCCAUCUCGUCUGCGGUGCGCAAGGCGGGCAUCGCACAGCUGUUUGGCAUUGCUGGCUCAACCAAUGUGACAGGGGACCAGGUGAAGAAGCUGGAUGUCCUUUCCAAUGACCUGGUUAUCAAUAUGCUGAAGUCAUCCUUUUCUGCCUGUGUUCUUGUGUCUGAAGAAGAUAAACACGCCAUCAUAAUAGAGCCUGAGAAGAGGGGUAAAUAUGUUGUCUGUUUUGAUCCCCUCGACGGCUCAUCCAACAUUGACUGCCUUGUGUCAAUUGGAACCAUUUUUGGCAUUUACAGAAAGAAAUCUACUAGUGAGCCUUCUGAGAAGGAUGCUCUGCAGUCUGGCCGGGACCUGGUGGCAGCUGGCUAUGCACUCUAUGGCAGUGCCACCAUGCUGGUCCUUGCCAUGGAUUGUGGUGUCAACUGUUUCAUGCUGGACCCGGCCAUUGGAGAAUUCAUUAUGGUGGAUAAGGAUGUGAAGAUCAAGAAGAAAGGUAACAUCUACAGCAUUAAUGAGGGCUAUGCCAAGGACUUUGACCCUGCCAUCGCGGAGUAUGUCCAAAGGAAAAAGUUCCCUCCAGAUAAUUCAGCUCCCUAUGGUGCCCGAUAUGUGGGGUCCAUGGUGGCUGAUGUUCACCGAACUCUGGUGUAUGGAGGGAUCUUUUUAUAUCCUGCCAACAAGAAAAGCCCCAAUGGAAAGUUGAGGCUGCUGUAUGAGUGUAAUCCUAUGGCUUUUGUCAUGGAGAAGGCAGGAGGACUUGCUACCACAGGAAAGGAAGCUAUAUUAGACAUCAUUCCCACUGACAUCCACCAGAAGGCACCAGUCAUCAUGGGGUCUCCUGAAGAUGUACAGGAAUUCCUGGAGAUCUACAAGAAGCAUGCGGCUAAGUGAAGGCUGGCUUUGCUCUUGCCUCAAAGCAGAGCCUUUUAUCUGGACUUGCAACCUCAAGUGGCACUACCCCAUUCUGACUGUGUGUUGUAUAUUCCUAGACAACAGACCUAACAGUGUGGGUAGUUUCACAGUUCAGUGCUUUGCAAUGCCCAGGACUGCCUCACCCACAUGCCAUAAUGCCAUUGUAACAGGUAAUAUGCAUUUUGAGAAGGAAGAGAAAUAAACACAUUCUUCCUUUA